AUGGCCUUACGAACUUUUGGCGCCGUACCACUCAAGUUAUUGUGUAGGUCAGAUGGGAGUCUUUUUAGAAACUUCGGACGUCAAUCAUCACACCUCUUUGUACACAGAGAAACCCCUGAAAACAAUUCUAAUACAACCUUCGAAUUUUCUGCAGAAAACAAAAAGAGACUGGAUGUGAUAAUAUCAAACUACCCACCUGCUCACAAGGCUGCUGCUAUAAUUCCUGCUUUGGAUUUAGCUCAGCGACAACACGGAUGGCUGCCAAUAUCCGCUAUGAACAAAGUGGCAGAGAUUCUUAAUGUCCCCCAAAUGAGGGUUUAUGAAGUUGCCACAUUCUAUACCAUGUUUAACAGGGAACCAGUCGGAAAGUAUCACAUUCAAAUAUGUACCACAACCCCUUGUAUGCUAGGAGGUGUGGGGUCAGAAGUUAUUUUAAACGCACUCAAGAAAAAACUUGGUAUUGAACCGGGUCAGACCACACCUGAUAAAAUGUUUACACUGACAGAAGUGGAAUGCCUUGGAGCUUGUGUAAAUGCGCCCAUGAUGCAAAUUAAUGAUGAUUAUUAUGAGGAUUUAACAGCAGAGGAUACAAUUCGUAUCCUUGAGGAAAUAAAAGCUGGGAAAAAGCCAAAACCUGGUCCGCAAAGCGGACAAGGUGGACGUUUUGCAUCCGAACCGAAAGGUGGUUUGACAUCACUGAAUACAGAACCUAAAGGUCCUGGAUUUAAAGUUCGUUCGGACCUAUGA